GACUUCGAUGAAGUGCUGGUCAAGUACUUCUGUGAGGAAUUUGCGCAGAAGUACAAGCUGGAUGUGCGAUCGAAGCCCCGCGCUCUGGUGCGGCUCUACCAGGAGUGCGAGAAACUGAAGAAACUCAUGAGCGCCAACUCCUCGGACUUGCCACUCAACAUUGAAUGCUUCAUGAAUGACAUCGACGUCUCAGGCACGCUCAACAGAGGCAAGUUUGAGGAGUUCUGUGCAGAGCUGCUGGCCAAGGUGGAGGCUCCGCUGCGCAGCAUCAUGGAACAGACCAGACUGAAGAAAGAGGACAUCUAUGCAGUGGAGAUCAUGGGCGGCGCCUCCAGGACUCCAGCCAUCAAAGACAGAAUCAGCAAAUUUUUCGGAAAGGAACUGAGUACGACGUUGAAUGCGGACGAGGCUGUGGCCAGAGGAUGUGCACUGCAAGUUAGUUCUCGGUCAUGGACUAUUUGAUUGCCGAUGCCGAUAUCUUCGAGCGCAGAGUGGCACAUGGCUGAUAUAAACUCGAUAUAUAUCACACUAU